AUGUUGAGCCUCUCCAGCUUCGUACAGAGGGCACAGCAGCUGCUGGAUCCCACACAAAGCCUGUCCUUGAGCGAUCCCGACAAGAACCCUUCCAAGGCAUCGUUGUUCCAGAACCAAUUCCGUCUCCCCGCCUCGCAGCACCCGCUCUACGAGAUCACAGCUGAGUUGACGAUCCCGCCCUCCAAUGCCACCCAGAGCGACAAGGACCGAGACCGAGGCUAUCACUAUGUUGGAAGAUUGCACCUGUCCGAGGCCUACCUCUGCUUCUCGUCCACACCCACCAGCUUUCUACAGUCGGCGAGCGCCUCCAACUCGUCGGCAUUCACCGGCCAGACACAUGGCGGUGGUCCCAGCGGCAAUGGCUUCACAUUCCCCCUGUGCUCCAUAAGGAGGGUUGAGCGCCUACAUAGCCAGAACUUCCAGUUUGCUCUAGCCAUCACGACCUGGAACGGCAUCACCCAAGACCCCGGCAAGGACAAAGACGCGGCCAAGGACAAGAAAGACGCCGGGGAGCAACGCAUCACAGUUCAGCUCGCCGGCCAGAGGCAAGCCUGCGAGCGCUUUUGCGAUGGCCUCAAGAAGGGCCUCCGGGGUGCCGUCGGCAACGUCGCGAGGCUCAGAAGGGUCGUGGGCGAAUGCUACUCGGAAUACCUACUUCGUCCCGAAGACAAGAAGAACGCCACUCCUCCAGAUGCCGGCCUAGGCAUGCUCUUCAAGUAUCCAGGCGACGCCAAGAAGCUCCGAGACCGGGCCAAGAUGCGACUCUGGGGCGAAUACCUCCGCGACAACGGCAGAAAUGUUACCCUUGUCCGCCAGCCUACUUUCCACAAACUGAUCCGAGUCGGCCUCCCCAACAGGCUGAGGGGUGAGAUUUGGGAGCUGACGUCGGGGUCGAUCUACCUAAGGUUGGAAAGCCCGAAUCUCUAUGCCGAGACCCUGGCGAAGCACUCGGGCAAAGAGUCACUCGCAAUAGACGAGAUCGAGAAGGACCUAAACCGGAGCCUUCCCGAGUAUCCCGGCUUCCAGAGUGAAGAAGGCAUCGGCCGUCUCCGAAGAGUCCUGACCGCAUACAGCUGGUUUAACGCCGACGUCGGCUAUUGCCAGGCUAUGAACAUAGUCGUUGCCGCGCUGCUCAUCUACAUGUCCGAAGCCCAGGCCUUCUUCCUGCUCUCCGCCCUGUGUGACAGGCUUGUGCCCGGAUACUACUCCACCACCAUGUACGGCACUCUUCUCGACCAGAAAGUCUUCGAGGCCCUUGUUGAGAAGACCAUGCCCAUCCUCUGGGAACAUUUGGUGAAGAGCGACGUGCAGCUCUCUGUCGUAUCGCUGCCCUGGUUCUUAUCCCUCUACGUCAAUUCGAUGCCCCUGGUAUUUGCCUUCCGCGUUCUCGACGUCUUCUUCGUCGAAGGCCCGAAGGUUCUGUUUCAGGUCGGCCUGGCCAUUUUGAGGAUAAAUGGCGAAGAACUGCUGGAUGCCACAGACGAUGGCGCCUUUAUUUCCGUCCUCAAGUCCUACUUCGCUCGGCUUGACGAAUCUGCACACCCCAAGUCGGAAAAUCCAAAGCUGCGGGCGGUGACUCGGUUCCAGGAGUUGAUGGUCGUGGCGUUCAAAGAGUUCUCAGGAAUCACACAUGGCAGCAUCGCGGAACUGCGGCUGAAGAACAAGAACUCGGUGCUAAACAAUAUCGAGAACUUCGCCAAGCGGACUUCGAUCAGAAACCUGGGACCCGACAGCAAGCUCCUGGGAACAGACGAGCUUGGGGCGCUCUAUGACAGAUUCUACACCGUCCUGUACGAACGACAACAAAGGGAUCGCAUCAUAAAACAAGACCAGGCUCGCCGAGCCAAGAGCAGCAGGCCGCGCGUCACCGAAGCGGCGGGCGACGACAGCCACGGCAUUGAGAAGGGAAGGGUUGGCCUGGGACCCAGCACAAGCCUGAUGGAUUAUGAUGCUUUCCGAGAAUUUUUGGCUGGCAUGGCGAAAUGGGCCGUCUCGGAUGCUCCAACAACGCCUCGCCUGGAUACCUUUGCGGAAAGGGACAGGAGCCUGCAGUUCAGCAGCUACAGGCGAUCCGACGGUCUUCUGUCUCCAUGGGGCCCAGGGCCGGAGCCCGCAGACCACGAGUUUCUGCAGAGGUUGUUCCGGAAGUGGGAUGUCGACUUGACCGGCACUCUGACGCUCCAGAACGUGGUAACCGGAUUGGCGCGAAUCAAGGGCAAACGGGACAUAAUGGGCGCAAUCAACUACUUCUUCGACCUCCACGACGAUGACGGCGACGGCAGGGUCGACCGCGAAGGCAUCUUGCGGAUGUCAGAAGCCCUGUUGUUCCUGUCACGUCGUGGUCUGGAAGGAAGCUUGAGCCCCUCGGCUUCGAGCGUGGCUCUGAAUGGCUUUACGGACGACACGGCAAACCCCCUGGGCGCAGCGGCCGGAGGUUCUGUCAAUGAGAGAUUCCUCGGAAGCGUCAGUGCAUUUAUCAGGAGGUGCUUUGAAUACGCCGACCCAGAUCACCCCAAGAACAAGAGAGCCAUAGCAAAAGAAAGUGGCCACGCACCACCCGGAGAGGCAAACGAGAGCGAGUCGCAGCUCGCCAACCCGGACGCAUUCUCCAUUGGCGAUGACGAUGACGACGACGACGAUCUUCUUACCAUGGACCCUCCUGACUCUCCUACGGGAAGUCCCAGAGCAGCCAUAAAGCCUACAGCUACACCGCCAGAAACCACCGGCAACAACGGCUCCUCGUCCCCCUCCUCCUCGGUACCAGCCGCCGACGACAAGCUAUUUAACCGCCGCCGUGUCUCCAAGGCCCAGUCCGAGAAGGCCAACGCUGCUCUCGACCCUGCCAACCCGCUGCACAUCACUUUGCCGACCUUCCGAAUGGUAGUCCUGGCGGACGAGCUCCUGGAGCAGUUCUUCGAGUCCUCAUUCCCGGCCUCCUUCCACAUCAUUGAAGGCCUGCCCUCCUCGGCCGCGCCCAUGGCCGGCUCGUCACUCACCACCUUCUCGAGCCUCGGCAUGGGCGCCGGCCGGGCUGUCGGGGCGGCUCUUGGCGCAGGAGCGGGUCCAGCGGCUGGGCCCGCUGGGGGCAAGGGCCUGCGAGGCGUUCUCGACAACAUCGUAACGGACGGCAUGCGGGUGGCUGCCGAGGUCCGGAGGCGUAUGGAGGAGGCCCAGCGCGAGCUGGAGAAGAAUGCGCUACCCGGGCAGAGGGAUGACGAAGACGACGAGGACGAGGAUGUCCCUGGCUUCGAAAAGGGUGCCGGCGGAGCUUCUUCCGGCGGUAGAGGGGCUAGUGCCGGAUACGGCGGAGACGCUGAGAGGAGGAGCGUCCUUAGCUCGGAUAGAGACUUGUUGGAAGGGGCGGACGCUGAGGCCGGAGCCGGCAGGGAGAGCAGCGACGCAAGCAUUGGUGGGAGACGCGUCGUAGGAACGAGCGACGGGGGCGCGAAUGGGGACGGCAGUGGGGGUGGUAAGGUCGUCGAGGUGGAGUUUGAGGGAGCCUGA